CUUGAUUUUAAGACAGUCCGCGUCUGGCUAUCGCGUACUCCGAAACGAUAUGCGCUCCCGCCAUGGGCAGUAAUUGUUGUAAGGGUGACGCCGCGGGCAAUCCUCUGGUGCGGUCAAACUCAUCUGUUUACACCAGGAAUCGUGCGGGAGCGACAUUAGAUCACCGCUUCAGGACUUCAGUGGAUGCCAGUGGAGUACGACUCACGGUGUCUUCAGCCCAAAUUGGCGAUAGUGGCGUCUAUACUCUACAAGCAAGCAAUGCUGCGGGCAAAGACACGACUCGGGUCUCAUUGGAGGUAUCUCCAGAUGAGACACCUACAGGAGACGACCCACCCGCUUUCCUUCGACGACUGCAGGACCUCACUGUAAAGGUCGGGACCAGGACUAGGUUCCUUGUGGAAAUCUUAAGCUCCACUGAGUGCAGGGUGACCUGGUACCGUAACGAGCGUCGACUUCUGGAGGCGGAGAGGAUUGCUCUGGUACGCGACGGCAACUUCUGGUGCGCAGAUGUUGCAACGGUCAGCGUAGACGAUGCUGGCAGGUGGACCUGCACUGCUGAAAACUUGGGAGGAAGAGCCAGCUGCUCUGCACAUCUCAAUGUAUUAGUGCCAAAGGCAUAUAAACGUCCGGAGUUUGUAGAAGAACUACGCGCCAUACUCACAGAACAAGGAACUGUGUCAUUGGAGUGUAAGGUUGUCGGGGUACCCACUCCUGUACUGAGAUGGUUUAAGGACAGUAGAGAAAUAAAAGCUGGCGACGUGUUUGCACUAACAGCUAAUGCUGAUGACCCUACCUCUCUUGGUACUUACACCUGCGAGGCAAUCAAUUGUAUGGGGAGGGCCUAUUCCUCAUCGAAGGUACAUGUCAUCGGACGCUCCAAGGAAGGAUCAGAUAAGCCAGGUGGCCUGACAUCUGAUCCGCCGCCAAUAUUCACAAAGGAGCUGGAAGAUCAGUUUGUAAGAAUUUGCGAUCAUCUUUCAUUAAGAUGUCAAAUCGUGGUGCCACCCUGGCCGCGUAGCGUUGUUUGGUACAAUAAGCAAGGAAAAGUUGAUCCUAGUACACGAUACCACAUAAUUGAGGAUGGCGUUGGAGGUUAUAUGAUAGAAGUUUCGGCUUCUGAGUGGGCUGACGAAGGAGAAUGGAAAUGCGUAGCAACCAGUGCUGGUGGCAGGGUUGGUAUUUCAACCUGCAGUGUCACAAUGGAUGUGCCUAAGAAUUACAGAAAGCCACGCUUUAUGGAGAAUCUACAGGCAGUCCUAACCGAAGAGGGUCUAGUCUCUUUCGAAUGUAAAGUUGUCGGCUUCCCAACCCCAAUACUCAGCUGGUUUAAAGAUGGUCAAGAGCUGAAACCUGGAGACGUGUAUCAACUCACGGGAACAAAUUCACUCGGCUCAUAUUGUUGUAUCGCACGCAACUGCAUGGGCCAAGCUAGCAGUUCAGCAGAACUCACCGUUGAAGAUAUCCAGAACCAACUGAACGAAGAGGAAAAGCUACAGUUGUUCUCUAAAAACCAAGCACCUAAGUUUUUGCAAGGACUAAAAAGUGUUGAAGUAAAAAUUGAUGAGCCAUUCCGCUUCACAAUCAAAGUUGUCAUUCCGCCUGAACCAACAGUAUUAUGGUAUCGAGAUGAUCAGCCUAUGGAUGAGUCUCCUCGAUGUCACCUUGGAAAGGAAGACCGUGGUGUAUUUUAUUUAGAUAUAAAAAAUUUAGAACUUAUGGACCAAACUGAGUGGAAAUGUGUAGCGAUGAAUGACUAUGGUCAUAGUGUUACGUCGUGUUUUUUAAAAUUAAUUAUUCCGCGACAUUAUAAAAAACCAAGAUUUUUGGAAAACCUUCAAGCCAUUCUAUCAGAUGAAGGUGCUGUAAAUCUUGAAUGUAAAGUAAUUGGCGUACCACAACCUGUGUUGAAAUGGUAUAAAGAUGGAGAAGAAUUAAAACCAGGUGAUAUACAUAGAAUAAUAUCAGGUCAAGAUGGAACGUGUUGCCUUGGAACUUAUACCUGUGAGGCGCAAAAUUGCAUGGGCAUUGCUGCCAGUUCAGCUUCUCUCCUAGGCUUUGAAGAUACAGUAAAAGCUAAAAAGAAGAGAGCUGAUGACCAAAUUUUACAGCGUAAUUUGUCAUUAAGCACAAUCCACGAAGAGAGAACUUCACAAAUGUAUGACACACCUGUGGCUGAUGUAACUUUAGAUGAAAAAGGAGAAAUAUCAUUUUCUUUUGAUGGAAAAGAAGUUUCAGUAUCACUUUAUGAAACACCUGAUUUAACAGAAGAAGAAGCACUGCAAAUAGUAGAAAUGUACGCUGAUCAGUUAUCAGAAAAUGUCACAGAACAUAAUGUUAUAGAAUUGCCUCCUUUAAGAUUUGUUAAAGAAACAUCUACAUCUGGAAAUCUUCUAAUGGAAGCUAUCAUUAUAGAUGUUUCACCUGACUAUUUUGUACCGCCUGAAGAAGAUUUAAGAACUGAGGCCGAUAUUGAAGAUAUUUCAAUAGCUGAAGAAAAUGGACAGCAGCAACUAUCCUUUGAUCAAGAUGUUGCAGAUGAAUAUAUUGAUAAAACAAUGGCUUUACUGUGUGAUGAAAAAUCUGACAUAGUCUUAAAACCAGUUCGACGAAAAUCAGAUUCACAGAAAAGUGGCGAAGAUUACUUCAGCUUAUCAAGAGAUCAGUCGCUCUCUGAAGAAAAAAAAGACGAUGACACUCAAAUCUUAUCUGAAAGCAUAACUUUUGCCAGUGCUCAUAGCACCGGGAAACAAAAGUCAAAACCGUCUCAAGAAGAUGAUGUAGGUACCCAGGAAUCGUCAGAUAUUACCAAAACGGUAUUGUUAAGAGAAGAGCUCCGAACUUGUAUAGAUAUAGAAAAUAAAACUACUAUACUAACAAGUAGUGCUAAACGCGAUUCUUUACAAUCUAAAACUAGUUUUAAAAAAGGGGAAGUUGACAUUACUGACUUAAAUGAAAAUAUGAUUUUUAUUAGCUUAUCUUUAUCUAACAUUCUGAAUAAAGUCCAAAUGUUGAAAAGAGACAUUAUUUUGCAGUCUGAGUCGAUGCCUACUGCUGAAAUAGCUUCAAAAAGCCUAGAAAUGAUUAACAGUAUUAUUGAUCCUUUAACUGAAAUACAAAGUAUUACUGAUGCUUUUAAAGAAUCAAAGAAUGACGAUGCUAAACCUAAAUUACUUACUAAACUUCCACAGUGCUUGAAAUAUCUUCUAAACUCUUUGGCAAUGGUCGAAAAAUGUGUUGACGUGGGAAGUGACAAAACUCUGAUUAAUAACACUUGCAUUUCUAUAAUAAAUAAUUGUCAAGAAGAUAUAACUACAUUUGUAGAAAAAAUUAGACAAAUUCCAGACAAGUAUUCACCCUUAAUUGAUGAAAUGGUUUCAACGGAGAUAAAACUGUUUGCAAACGAUAUUCUUAAUAUAAUUGCCAUUUCCAAAACCACAGUCACUACUAAAUCUAAUCUUAGCCAUGAAAUCCAUAAAGAAGAAUUAUCAAUUGAUAAGCAACAUUUGAAUAAUACCCAAAAAGCAAUAUAUCACUUAAAGGUUCCGCUUAAUUCUCUUUUGGGUAUUAUUGAAAAUGCUUUGAAAAAAAGUCUGUUAAGCUACAAUGAAACUAAUAAUGCUGAGGCAAUCCUAUUUAAUAUGUCAUCGUCUAUACAAGACUUACAGACAGCGUUAGAGCAGAUAGAGUUUCUAUCAGUUGAGGAAUCAAAUUCGUCUUUGCCGAAAUAUAAUACAACAACAAUAGAAACCGUUAUAAGUUCGGUUUUAAAAUUAAGAAACUCAUUUGAGAGCCUAUCUUUUGAAAAAGAAAAAAAAUAUGAUAAAGACCAAUUGGGAAGUGUGUUACAAGUUAUUAAAGUUGACUUGGAGGAUAUCUCUUUUCGUAUUAACGAUAUAGAAAACACUAUUGGUUCAUUUGAUGUUUUAUAUGGAGAUAAUAAACUAGAAAUCCUACAAAGAAUGGCACAUGUAUUAAUAGCUUUAGAAAAUUCUUUGCCAGUUUUAAGCUCAUUGCCAAAUGUUCAAACAACUGUAUCAACAUUUCAUAAAAAUCUAACUAAAGCAUUAGAAAAUGCCAUAGAAAGUAAUGAAAGUGACAAAUACUCUGCACUUUUGCAUAUAUGUGACGUAGUGAGUAGAAUUAAUGUCUCAAUUAAAGGUUUCGAAUCAAGCAAGUUCAUAUCUCUUACAAGCAUACUAAACAACUUUAACAUUAUUGAAGAAAAUCUUAAAUGUCUUAGUAUUGAUCAAGGUAUACGUGAAGACAUAUUAAAAAGCGUUUACCAAUGUUAUAUUGAUAUUCAAAAUGUCAAAAUGUCAACUUAUGCGGAGGAUCUAAGUAUUAAAAUGAAUUCAGAACGAGGUGAAGAUAUAUCAACGGAUCAAUUUUAUACUGAAUCAAAAGCUAACUUAGUAGUUCAACAGAUCGAUCAAGUAAUAGCUACAAUUAACAAUAUUUCCCCAGAAGAGGUGACUCCAAGCCUCUGUUCUAUUUUACCAAUUUUGCAAAAUACUUGUCCGGUUUUAGAAGAACUUAAAUUUUGUGUAGCAUCUCUAGAAGAAAACAUACAAGAUAAUUCUCAUGCAUCUGAUAUUAUAUCAUUAGCACAAUCUAUUGGAAACCCGUUGCAAUCAAUUCAAGAAAAUAUUACAGUCCUGAAUCAAGUACUUCUUGAAACAGUAGGAGAGACAAAAUCUAAAGACGAUGCGAUAGGUGUAUUUGCAAAACCGCUUUAUGAAUUGUAUACAACUUUACAAGCAUUACAAGAAAAUGUUUUUUCAGAAUAUGAAAGUUUCUCACUAAAUGAAAACAGUAUCAAAAUUGCAACCUCAUCAGAAGUUCUUCAAAAAUGCAUUUUGAUAGUAGAAGAACAAUGUUAUAUUGAAGGAUUAGAUGAAAUGUCUACUUUACAAGACAUAUCGUGUUUAAAAACAAUAGCAGAUCCUACUUCUGAAGGCGAUUUAAUCUCACCUGUCAUUCAAGAAACACUUUCGGAAGCUCCUAAUAUGUAUACUUUAGAAAGUCAACCAGAAAUUGCCAAUGAAUUUCAAUUACUGCAUGAUGAUAUACUAGAGAUACAAAAAUUAGAUAUUCUUGAGGCUUUAAACACUUUAUCUGAAGUUAAAGAAUACGCUCAUUUAAAAUCAGUUACGGAAACAAUAGAAGAAAUACAACACAAAAUUGUUAGCAUCCUAUCACCUUUAGUUAUGGAAUCAUUAAGUUCUGUCUCUAACCUAGACUUAGCUAGCAAUAAUUUAAAAAACAUUUCCGAAUCUUUAUUUAAAUUGAAAAACCAUUUAACUGUUAUUGAUGUUGAUAACAUUCCAAUUUACGAAGACGUUUUAAAGAUACCAUCUAAUAAAAUACAUUCUAUAGUUAAAAAUAUAUCAAAUUUAAAAGAGCAUUUAGAGAAAUGUCUUUUGUCAGUCCAACGCCAUACAAACUUUUUAGGCUCCGAUCCAAUUAAAGACUUAUAUUAUGUGUGUAAUGAGUUUGUAUCUAUCUCGAAAACAACUGUAUUAACUUGUGCUUCGAAAAAUGAAAAUAUGUAUAAUUUAGUAAGAGCUGUAGAGAACUUUUUACAAGUUAUGAAAACCACGCCAGAUUUGAAUGCUGAAGAAGUCAAAAGCGUUUUCAGCGACCUCUAUAUAAGUAUAAUGAACAUGGAAGAUACUUUAUUUGAGUAUGUCUGUCCUAAAGAAAUUACUGUUACAAAAGAAAAUCCAAUGGAGACAAGAAUUCAUAAAAUGGCAAGUCAUAUAGCGGCUUUGGAGCACUACAAUCCUGAUCUAUUUAUUGCAUCAAACACGGACUUUCCUCAGUCUGUGUCUCUGACAUGUAUAGAAUCUGAGUACCUAAGCAAUAUGGAAAGUGUGAUCGUCAAUACUGCCAUAAUUAUGCAGAAUUUAACAAACCAAAGCUAUAAAACAGAGUCUCAGGAGAAAGAAUCGGUAUUGAUUCAAAAUUUCAUGGAAAAUAUUAAAAACAGUUUUACUAUAAUACGUGUGCUAUUAACGCAACAACCAAGUCAUAAAAAGGUGAUAAGACUUUUUCAAGAAUAUUUUACCGUCCAAGUAAACAUUAAUAAAUUUAAAAACGAAAAAUCAAUACACACACAUCCAGAGAAUUUAAUGUAUUUAGAAGAAAUUUUGAAUCAAGCUGAAGGUAACUUAGAAAAAAUUAAACUAUAUUUAAUAAAAUUUUCGAGCUCCAUUUCAAAAGCAUUAUUUAGAGAACCACUAACAAAAAUUAAUUACUCUAUGUCUUACUUUCCAAAUUAUUUGCGAUUGGACAGUAUAAUGGAUGUACAUGAUUUGAUUCAGAACUUUCUUAUAAUCGUGAAUAUAGCAGCACCACAUUUAGAAAAUUUGGAACAAAAUGUUGGUCAAGAACUCGAAACAUGCAUAUUUAUAAAUUCCGAUGCAGAAAAUAAAUUGAUAACAGACAGUUUAGACAAUUUUUUGUCUCUUCUUGAACGCGAAAUGUGUGAUAAUCCAGAUAAAGAAAAAGAAAAACUUUUAAAAGAACUGAUAAGAUGUUUUAAGAACCAUCAGGAUUAUAAAAAUGCAGUAGGUACAGGAAAAAGAAUGAUUAUCCUCAAGUGCUUAGCUGAUUGUUCGGACAUACUACGAAAUCAUUUCCGAGUAUAUGAUACAGAAAUAAACCUACUAGAGUCUACAAACGGUGGUACAUUACAAAAUUCACUUACCAAAUUAAUACAACAACUUAAGUCUUUAAAUUUGAAAAUAAAUGAAGUACAAGGAAAUGUCUGUAUGUAUCCGAAACACGUAGUAUCUGAUUUAAAGAUAAAAAACAUUGUAUCUUUAAAAGAAUGUUGUGAAAAAUUUCUAAAUGAUGUCAGUCAAUAUUCUUUAUGUGAAGAUGACAUUUGUCUUAUUAAUGACAUUAUUCAUGAAAUCCACUCAAUUCAAGAUAAUAUAAAUACUUUACAAAACGAUCUUGACAUUUUCGAAGAUUUAAAAGACAUCGAAAACUUCUUCCAAAAAACUUUAGCUUCUGAUGAAGUAACCAAAGUUCACAAAUUAUCGAAGGCUGACACAAAAAGUAUUUUACAACAUGUUGAACAAUAUAUAGAAGUAACUGAAAUUAUAGAGGAAAUAUCAGCGAUAAUCAAUCUAGGUAACGUCAAGAAAACAAAAGAAAUUGCACAAGAAUUACGAGAAAGCCUUGCACCUGAUAAUGCACAGUCUAUGGAUGCAUCUGAAGAAUUAAAAUACUGCACUAUUUCGGAAAAUCAAGAAAGCUUGGCGAAACGUCUACAAAUAUCUUUGUCAAAUAUUCAAGAAAAUGAAUUAUUAUCUUGCGACACACAUGUUAGAAAACACAUACUUGAUGUCAUUAGUAAGUUACAGGACGACUUAAAUACAAUCGCUUGCACAGAAAAAUUUGCUGGAUGUGCAAGCAUGAAUAAAACAUCGCAAGAUCCAGGGACUGAAACAAAUGAGAAAUCCUGUCAUGAUAUUGGUUUACUGUCAAUUAGUAAUUAUCAAGAAUGCACUACUCAAGACAUGUCUAUUAAUAAGCACCAUGAGAAAACAAACGCUGUAGCAGUCAUUCAUCAAAUUGAAGAUACUAUAUCGUGUAUCAGUGGUAUUAUUUUAGAAGAAAUUUCAAUUGACGUUAAAAACAUUUACCCAGUCUUUGAAAAUAUUUGUCCAAUAUUAGAAGAACUUAAGUUAAAUGUUGCAACAUUGCAGGAAAACAUAGAUAUAACUGAAUCGCCUAUAUCUGAUAUUUCAGAUAGUCCAGUUCAAAAAGCCUUUAGUAAACCUUUGCACGAAUUAGAAGAAAACAUUAGUGUUUUGACUCACUUAAUACUUGAGUCCUUAAAAGGCACUAAAGAAAACGAAAAUGUACAUAUGCUAGGAGUUCUUGCAAAACCACUUCAUGAGUUACAUAUAACAUAUCAAAUUUUACAAGAAAAUGUCAUAUCACAGUACGAGAGUUUGUCCCUUUUACCACCAAACAUUAACUUUGCGGCAACUGAGCAAAUCCUAAAUAGCUGUGUUUUGUUAGUACAAGAACCAUAUGAAGUAGAAAUUGCUGACGAAAUGUCUACUUUAGAAGAUAUAUCUUGUAUAAAAACUACUGCUGAUUCAAUAUCUUCUGAUGCCCUAGGUGUUGCUCAAGAUAUGCAAGUAACAGCAGAAGAAUAUUACACAAGCCAUAAGCACGAAUCUGAAUUAGACGAAUUAGCCACACAACAAGCACAAACACAAAGUAUAAUGAACGAAAAUAGAUAUGUUUCCAUUGAAGAACCCCUUAAACUGGAACAUGCGAUUUCACAAGAAACAAUAGUGUCCAAUGAUAAAGAUAAUAAUAAAACAAAAGUGACAACAAUGACAGAAAACGAUGUCGUUAAAGAAAACCGAGUAUUAACAAAAGAAUUAAUAAGACAAGAUGAUGAACAUGACCAAGCUGCUGCACAAGACAUUCAAAUUGCGCAGGAAAAAUGCAAUGAAACUGGUAAAACCAAUAUUUCCUCAUCAUAUGAUGACCAACUUAAAUCUGAACGGGCAAUUGAACAAGACACAAAUGAUGACAAUAUUAAAAAAACAGAGACGAAUUUGACAGAAAAACUUAAAGAAUGUGUUGAACCUAAAAAGGGAAGUGAUCAGAAAAUCAAAAUACCUGCACAAGAGUGCCUUGAGAAAACGAAGGAAAAUAUAAGUGAACCGAUUGAUCAACCUUUUGUACCUGAACAAGUUGCUGAAAAAGGCAUUGAAACUAAUAAAACCAAUAUUUCCUCAUCUUAUGAUGACCAAUUUAAAUCUGAACGGGCUAUUGAACAUGAUACAAUUGAUGAAGAUAUUAAAAAAAUAGAGGUCAAUCCCACAGAAAUAAUAGAAGAAUUGGUUAUAACUAAAAAGGACACAGAUCAGAAAAUCCAAGUUCCAACACAUGAGUGCCUUGAGAAACCGGAGGAAAGUAUAUGUAUACCAAGUGAUCAACCUUUUAAACUUGAACAAGCUGCUGUACAAAUAGACCUUGAAAAAUGCAUCGAAACUAGUAAAACCAAUAUUUCCUCAUCAUAUGAUGACCAAAUUAAAUCUGAACGGGCUAUUGAACAAGACUCAAUUGAUGAAGAUAAUUCAAAGUCGGCGACGAAAUUGACAGAAAUAAUUCAAGAAUUUGUUGAACCUAAAAAUGAUAGUGAUCAGAAAAUCCAAGUUCCAGUGCAAGAGUGCCUUGAAAACACCGAGGAAAGUAAAUUUGUACCGAUUGAUCAACCUUUUGUACCUGAAGUAGCUGCUGCACAAGAAACAAAAAAUACGCUGGAAAAAGGUAUUGAAACUAGUAAAACCAAUAUUUCGUCGUCUUAUGAAGACCAAUUUAAAUCGGAACGGGCUAUUGAACAUGAUACAAUUGAUGAAGAUAUUAAAAAAAUAGAGGUCAAUUCCACAGAAAUAAUAGAAGAAUUUAGUGUACCUAAAAAGGAUAGUGAUCAGAAAAUCCAAGUUCCAACGCAAGAGUGCCUUGAGAAACCGGAGGAAAAUAUAUGUGUACCGAGUGAUCAACCUUUUGUACAUCAAAAAACUGCUGAACAAGACACUCAAAUUACGCUGGAAAAAGGCAUUGAAACUAGUGAAACCAAUAUUUACUCAUCCUAUGAUGACCAAUUUAAAUCUGGACGGGCUACUGAACAUGACACAAUUAAUGAAGAUUUUAAAAAAAUUGAGAAAAUUUCUACAGAAGAAAUAGAACAAUGUGUUAUAGCUAAAAUAGAUAGUGAUCAGAAAAUCCAAGUUCCAACGCAAGAGAACCUAGCGAAGACGGAGGAAAAUAUAUGUGUGCUGAUUGAUCAACCUUUUGUACUUGAACAAGCUGCUGUACAAGUUACACUGGAAAAAUGCAUCGAAACUACUAAAACCAAUAUUUCUUCAUCAUAUGAUAAUAAACUCAAAUCUGAACAGGUUACUGAACAAGACACGAUUGAUAAAGGUAUUAAAAAAAUGGAGACAUAUUCCACAGAACUCUUAGAAGAAUGUGUUGAACCUAAAAAGGACAGUGAUCAGAAAAUGCAAAUUCCAAUGCAAGAGUGCCUUGAAAAGACGGAGGAAAAUAUAUGUGUAUUAAAUGAUCAACCUUUUGUAUUUGAACAAGCAGCUGCACAAGACACAAAAAUAAUGCUGGAAAAAGGCAUUGAAACUAAAAAUACCAAUAUUUCCUCAUCCUAUGAUGACCAACUUAAAUCUGAACGGGCUAUUGAACAAGACACAAACGAUGACAAUAUUAAAAAAACAGAGACGAAUUUGAUAGAAAAAAAUAAAGAAUGUGUUAAACGUAAAAAGGACAGUGAUCAGAAAAUCAAAAUACCUACACAAGAGUGCCUUGAGAAAACGAAGGAAAAUAUAAGUGAAUCAAUUGAUCAACCUUUUGUACCUGAACAAGCUGCUGCACAAGAAAUAAAAAUUACGCCGGAAAAAGGUAUUGAAACUAGUAAAACCAAUAUUUCCUCAUCUUAUGAUGACCAACUUAAAUCUGAACGGGCUAUUGAACAAGACACAAACGAUGACAAUAUUAAAAAAACAGAGACGAAUUUGAUAGAAAAAAAUAAAGAAUGUGUUAAACGUAAAAAGGACAGUGAUCAGAAAAUCAAAAUACCUACACAAGAGUGCCUUGAGAAAACGAAGGAAAAUAUAAGUGAAUCAAUUGAUCAACCUUUUGUACCUGAACAAGCUGCUGCACAAGAAAUAAAAAUUACGCCGGAAAAAGGUAUUGAAACUAGUAAAACCAAUAUUUCCUCAUCUUAUGAUGACCAAUUUAAAUCUGAACGGGCUAUUGAACAUGAUACAAUUGAUGAAGAUAUUAAAAAAAUAGAGGUCAUUUCCACAGAAAUAAUAGAAGAAUUGGUUAUAACUAAAAAGGACACUGAUCACAAAAUCCAAGUUCCAACACAAGAGUGCCUUGAGAAACCGGAGGAAAAUAUACGUGAACUGAAUGAUCAAUCUAAAAAAGAAAUGGCGAAGAUUAUUCAAAUUCCAAUAAACAAGAGUAUUGAACAAGAUAAUACACAUGAAAUAGUACCAACAUUAAAAAAAUGUGAAGAAACUACCGAGAAAAAUAUUUCUAGCCCCUUUACACCUGAAUUGGUUCAAGAACUACGUUUAACAGUUGAAGAGAAUAUGAAAACACAUGAGAAACAUAUUUUAGCUAAAAACCCCAUUCCUCAACAAUCACAUACUGCGUCUGAAGACUGUAAAGACCUAAUAACAAACGUGGAGAAUAUUAUGUACCAAAAAUGUACAGAUACAAAUUAUAACUUAAAAUAUAGCAAAAUUAUACAAACCAUGAACUCUUUGGUAAAUGAGUUACAUGAAAUUUUAAUCUCUGGUAGUUCUUCUAAUGUCGAAAAGACAUAUUCCUUACAAAAUAUAUUGGAUGAGUUUCAAGUCCAAAUAAUAAAACUUAAAAGCGUGAAUAUUAAAGAUGUCAGCAACACCCUCAAUGAAACAAUAGAAGAUUUAGAAUGCAGCGUGAGAAGUGUCCAACUACUGAUUAACGAAAGUAGUCCUACCGAUCAUGUUAUUGAAGCAAGUGCAACAAUUGAGUUAUUAGUUAAUAGUAUAAAGGAACAUUUAAGCACAAUUCAUUUUCAGGAUACAAUGCUUGGAAAACCUGACUUAUUGGAAGAGUGCGUAGGUGAUACCGAAGUAACCUUAUUAUUGUUAGAAAAGGUUUCAGAGACAACCACAAAUCAUGAUGAUAUUUUAAAAAUAAUAAAUGAUCUUAACACUGUAAAAGAUUCAAUUAAAACAAUAAAACUAAGUUUUUCUAUAGAUGAAGAAACUGUUAUAGAAAAUGGAAUUGAAAUUCUGCAAAGCUUAGAUACUAUUGAACACCAGUUAUUUACUAUAGAAAACGUUUUAGAGAAGAUGCCUACAGUGGAAUCACUUACUCGUGACACUAUUAUAAAUGCAGUACAUUCUGUUUACACUAAUAUUUCUAAUAUCAGAGGGACUAUUUCAAACAUCAAAAAGUCUUAUAUUUACCAAAAUUAUGGUAAACCGUCUGAAAACUUACUGAAAGCAAUUAAAAAUAUAAAUCACAUUAAGAGUAUUGAUAACAAUCAUAAUUGGAUAUCAGUUACCAAACAUUUUCGAAAUAUAUUAAAUCAUUUUGAAGAAAUCAAGUUUUAUAUUAACCUUGAUAAAACUGCCAGGCAACCAAGUGAUGCAUCAAUCACAAAAGUCGUACUUAAUGAAUUAAAAUUGCUCUUAUCUAAUGUUGUGCUAACUAAUGUUAAAAAGUUUCAGUCGCUUUUAGAAAAUAGUGUUGAUACGGUUAUAAAAUAUAUCGAACAAUGUAUACAAACAAUAGAUAGCACCCCCGUUUUAGAAGUAAGAGAAAAGAUUCCAAUUUAUAAAGAGUUGACAGGAAGGUUAAUAGACUUUUCAAAUGAAAUACUGGAAAGAUAUAAACAUGUGAAUACUCUAAACAUAGAUCCAAAUGCAAAUGAACCUCAAAGUAAUGAGAUUUUUACUUCAGUAUCACAAUAUGAAUCAGAUAAAACAAUUGUUUUAGAAUCUCCUAAAGAUGACUGUAUGGAAGUAACCGUUGUACAGGCAGGAAGUGCGCUUAACGAUCUUGUUUCUCAAAUAAUAACUGAAUCUUCUUAUUUUAAAGACGAUACUCUUCCAGAAAAUACAGACGAUACAGAAACUCAAACGGUCAAAAAUAAUGUAGAAAAACAAUUUAUUGAAGGUGUUCAAUCGAUAAUUGAACAUUUGAUAGAAGAAGCUAUUAUUAAAGUAACAUUGUUAAGAAUACAAAAUGGAAAAGACCAAGACAUUGAAAAUGAAGACUAUCUUCAAAUGUCACAAGAGCCACAUGACAAUACUACCAAAACACUGCUAGAUGCAAUUACAAUUGAACUAAAAAGUAAAGAAGACUCAUUUCAAUCAAUGGCAGACAUCGAUAAAAGACAAAAAGUAUCUGAGGAUUCUCAAAUUGACCAGCAAAUUAAAAAUAUAUUAAACUGUGAAGAAGAAAGUUUAUUGUUGGACCUAAAUAUUAAGCCUCAGACAGAAAGUGACAGGUUAGCCCAAGACCGUAGUGAUAAAAACGUAAAGAUAGGCCUAGGAAACGUUGAAAAGAAAACAUUAUUAACAGAUCGUUCAAAAGAAGAUUUUUGUAUUAAUAAUAAGCUUGGAAACGAAAUUUCGGAUGAAUAUAUUAAAAAAGAGUCAAUUAGUCAAAAUAUAGAAUUAAAAUACCUAGAUGAAACCAUAGUAAAUAAAAAUGAACAGGAAAUUACAUGCUCGGAUAUUUUGAAUGUAACAUUAGAUAGUAACGAAGGUACAAAAGAUUUAAAAAAAGAUGACAAUAUUAAAACUAUUCAACAACAUAAAGAAACCUUUGAUGGAAAUUGUAAAAACAUACAAGAAAAGUCUUUAAUUUUAGAAAGCAGUGAAAACUCAAAAAACCAUACAUUAUUACAAUCAGACCCUCUAAUACGGGAAAGUUUAUUAGAAAUCCAUUCCACAGCAAUACUGGAUAGUGAAAUGAAAAGCAUUGCAGAGGAAGAAUUAUGUACUAUGCCUAACGAUGAUAAAAAUGUUGAAUUAAUUAGUGAAACUGUCAAUAGUUCGAAUGAUAUGAAGGCAAAGAGAACAACCACAAUAAUUGACAAGGUAUCAAUCAACAAACAUAAGAUGAACGAUCUUGACAUAAGUUGUACUGAGGUUGGAGAAAAUAAUUCAAGUCUGCCAGAUGUACUAGAGGAAAAACUCGAAAUCAUUCAAAACAUGAAGUCCGAAAUAGAAUCUAAGGAGAAUCAUAAUACCACGGAGACAACUAGAGCUUCAGCUGAAAUAUCUAGAGAAGAAAUCGAAAUAUCUAAUGUUGAAAUUAAAAAAGUUGAUAAAACAACUGAAGAAAACAAUAAAAUCAUAGGUAACGAAUCUUUACAAGAUAAUAAUAUUUCACAAGUUCAACUAAACAAAGAUGACGUCCAAAGUGAAAUUGAAGUAUCGACAUCACUCAUCAAUCAAAGUCACUUUGACUUUGAUCAGAAUCUAAUUAUUGAAGAAGGAAGACGUAAUAUUCGAAAAAACGAAGAUCUUAUUGAAGCUAAUACAAAAAAUACAAAUGAACAACAGAAGCUGGGAAACUUAAAUCUAAAUUUCGCCAAGGGCGAACAAGAUGCAGCAAGUGAGCAAAAUAUAGUAGACAUACAAACAGAUUUCGAAAAUGUAAUAUUGUCAAGUAAUUUGUCGGAUAGCAUUGACUCAAAUGUUUUUCAAGACCAGAAUACACUGAAUGAACAAUUAAUAGAUAUAGUAGAUGACAACACAUCUUUUAGUUCUGGCGAUAAGCAAGAAAAUGUUUUGGGAAUUAAUAUAAUAUCACAAAAUGAUAAACACAACCUGCUAAGUCCUGAAGAAAUAAUUAUCUGUCCAAGUAUUCAAGGAUCCUCAGCAGAAGAAAAUAUUUUUGAUAGACUUGAAGUGAAAGAAAAUGUAUCAAAUUUAGUACCAGAACAAAAUCAACAGAAUAAAGGCUUUUGCAAACGUGAAGAAGAUACUGACCAGCAUGCUACGUAUACUGAACUAAUAGAUGCCAACACUGCACUUGCAAAUACAAACCCAUCUGCUAAAUCCAAUACAACUAUAGAAAACAGAAGUGAACGUGAAAGUAACUUAGAUAGAGAAGAAGAAAAUAAUGUCAAUAAAGAAGAAUCUAUUUGCCAUAUUUUACAAUCAGAAGAAACUAUUGAAUCAUCUUCAUCCAGAAUAAAUACUCUUUGUGACACACGAGACGAAAUUAGUACGGUAGAAAAGAAAAUAAAUGAAUCUAAAUCAAAAACUAAUAGAUUGUCAAAAAAACGUAAAACUAAAGAAGAUAAUGUUGACAAUGGCAAAAGUAACGACAUAGACGAGUAUGAACGAGCUAAAUUUGUUGAUGAUGUUGCUCGCCAAAAAAAUCAAGAUACAGAUACCGAAACUGUGGUAGCAAGCACUCUGUCAACUUUUAACGUGGAAAUACCAGACAACAAAAAAGUUAAAAGUGAAAUGAAUCAAACACAAAUUAAUGAUAAAAAUACUGAGGAUGAAACGACUAAUUUAACAGAUGUUAAAACAAAACCAUGUACAGUAAAGGAAAAACCUCAAUUUGUUGAUCCAAACCUUGUAGAUAUAAGUAUGGGACUUUUGCGACCACCUACGUAUAUUUCAAAACCGUUUCAGGCAGAAAAUUUCUUAACUCCAGAAUUAAAUACUUAUACUUCCACAGCAAAAGUAUUUUACAAGGCACAGAGUCUUAUCCGGGAUCACCAGAGUAAAUUAAUGUAUACAGGAGACCGUGAAAAACAAAUGGAAACACAACAAGGCACUAAGGCUACUAGUGAAUCAAGAAGUAUUUAUUCUGAAAAAAGAGCGAGUUCUAUACGAGAUCUCAGAAGAAAACCAGUUUUUACUACUCAUUUAACGAACAGGACUGCAGUUGAAGGUUCUAGAGUAAAACUCACUUGCAGUGUUUUAUCUUCAACAGAACCUGUGCUUAAAUGGUAUAAAAACGGUGUAUUGUUGGAAGAUAAACAUAAAUACAGAGUGAAAUUUAUUGACGGCUUAAUUACAAUGGAAUUAUUGAACGCAUUGCCAAGUGAUUCUGGUGAUUACAGUUGUACUGUAGACAAUGAACACGGUUCAAUAACAACUUCGGCAAAAUUAAAAGUUUAUCCUAGCUUUGAAGCUUCACCAAUACCGCCAACCUUUACGAGAUCAAUACGAGAUGUUUAUCACAGAGCUGAAAAUGAACUUAUCUUGGAAUGCCGAAUACGAGGGCAACCCUUACCCACAAUUUCUUGGUUUAAGGACAAUAAUCCUAUCGCUACUGACGACCGCUAUGAAGCCUCUUAUUUAGCUGAUGGUCUGUGCAGACUCACUAUAAAUUCUCCAAAUCAAAAGGAUAGUGGUACCUAUACUUGCAAAGCCGAAAGUGCGGUAUGGUCAGAUCAGAUCACACAUGUAGUCAAUUUUGAUGAUGCUUCUCGCCUUGAUUCACAUAUCUCGAGUGUUGAAAAAUUACGUCUUACCCACGACGCUCGGCGACCACACUUCACUAAUGUUUUAAGUGACUACAAAGUAAUUAAGGGUGGUACUAUAGGGUUACAAGUCGAGAUCGGUGGGGCACCAACAAGAGUAGAGUGGUUACGGGAAGGGUCUUCUGUCACAGAAUUAGACCAGAAUGCGCAGACAUUCGUAGAUCAUGGUAUAUAUACCCUGGCUUUGAAUGAUGUGUCGGAAAGGCAUUCCGGAUUAUACACAUGCAGAGCAUGGAGUAUGCACGGAAAUGUGGACAUGAAUGCUGAGAUAAGUGUGGUUCAACCGAACGAGGUUGAUGGUAAACCAGCAGUCAUUGUAAGUCGACCCACGAAGGAUAUUCUCAUAUCUGUUGGGGAAGACAUAAACAUAUCUUUUAGAGUUCAAGGGGAGCCAAAGCCAAAAGUUUUUUUCCUAAAAGGAAUCCGAGAUAUAACUAACAGCCAGCGAGUUUGUAAGAUGACAUCAGAUGAUUACGUGAAAUUCACAAUGAAAAGAUCUGUUAUAACAGACGCAGGUACCUACUGUAUCAUGGCAAGAAAUGUCUACGGAUGUGAUAGAGCUUUCGUAACUGUUGAGGUACGUCAACGUGCGUCAUCAGAUAAUCUAAUAUCUGACUGGACGUAUCCCACGGAAGACACAACCAUCAUUUCCACAGAAAGAAAAUAUAAAUCCGUGCCCGGACGUAUACCAGGCGAGCCAAGUGCAGUGGAUGGUGGAAAUAACUGGGUGGCCCUUAGUUGGCCAAAAUCAGACCCUCAAGAAGCAGCUCCAGUUCUCGCGUACCGAAUAGACUCCUGGCUUCUUGGAAAAGAGGGUGGUGCACGCUGGAUAGAAAUGGGAAUAACACCUCGAAAUACCUUUGAUGCAUUUAAUUUAAAACAAGGUGAAGAGUACCACUUCAGGGUAACACCAAGAAAUAGAUAUGGGUGGGGAGAGCCGGUACAAACAUCGUCUCCUAUCGCGGUUGGCAUCGCCGGCGAUAGACCCGAGUUCAUUGACAUUUUACCCGGUCUAUUAAAAGUCCUCGUUGGUGAAACAGCGACUCUAAGUUGUAGCUUCAAAGGCAAACCAACACCAGUGAUCGUCUGGAUGAAGAACGGUAGAGAAAUAGAGGAGUCAGGCAAAUUCAUGUGUAGACAGAACGGAAACAUGUGUUCUUUAACGAUAAAAGAUGUGGAAAUAGAAGACGAGGGUCGGUACAGCUGUGAAGCGACGAACGCUCAUGGACGGGCAUCGACUUACGCGAGAAUGACCGUGAUCACUGAUAGACAAAUAUGGGAGGCUGACGCGAAACUAAAGAGAGAAAGGUCGGCAGAUGCAACAGGUGAAUUUCCGCCUCAAUUCACAAUGCGGCUGAGAGAUCGCCGUGUUCAAGCCACGUAUCCUGUAAGACUGACAUUCCAAGUUAUAGGCAGCCCAACACCGAAUGUGACUUGGUUUAAGGAUGGUCAAGAAAUCACUUUUGACAGUCGAAAAACAUCAUACAAGGACGAACACUUUCACACCCUUGAGAUAGCUCCGACCACGCUUGAUGAUGGUGGAUUAUAUGAAGCUUUGGCAAGAAACAAUAGUGGUGCAGUCAGCUGUAGAUGUAGCCUCGUAGUAGAUAAAGGCAUCAGGGCCUACGUUGCACCAGAAUUCUGCUGUGGCCUUGAACCCUUGUAUCGCCUAAAUGAAGGUGAUGAGCUACGCAUAUCCGCAAUAGUUGAAGCAUAUCCUUCUGUGGGAGUAACUUGGUACAGAGAUGGAGUACGUCUAAGACCAAGUAGAAGAGCUAUUAUGACUCUCGACAGGGACGGUCAGAUCGAACUGGCUCUGGCCUCCGUGACGCCAAGGGACGCCGGUGUCUACACGUGCACGGCCUCUAAUGAAGUUGGCCAAGCUUCCACCUCAGGGAAGGUGGAAAUCAUAACGGAUCAAAGAGAAGAAAGGAGAAAUGUACCGACCGUCAUUUGCCCAGAUAUUCCGUAUUCAAAGGAGCCCAUGUUUAUUAUAAAGCCGAGAUCUACUGAGGCCCAAGAAGGCGAUACAGUUAUUAUUGAAUGUGAAGUAAUUGGAGAUCCCACACCAGAAGUCUAUUGGCUUAGGGACUUUUUGAAGCCCGACUAUUACCGAGACGCGAAACACUUCAAGCAAAUGGCAGCAGGUCCUCUGUAUCGCUUUGAAAUUCCACACGCCAAAUUAGACUUCACCGGAGCUUACUCAGUUGUAGCUCGGAAUGUACACGGAGAGGCAAAGGCGAUUAUUUCCUUACAAAUAUUUGCUAAAGAUCUGAGUUCGAGUGAUGAAACACACAACAUUAGAUAUGGACGCGUAGAAGUUAUACCGCGCUUUGAAAAGGAACUGACUGAUCUUCUCUGUUACGACAGCGAUGCAAUCGAGUUUGAAUGCCUUAUUAGCGGACAUCCCGAACCGGAUAUCCGGUGGUUUCAUUACAACCAGCUUCUUCCUGAUUGUCCUGAUUUCGAAUCGACAUAUGACCUGGGCAUAGCGCGCCUAAAGAUAAAGCAAGUUGCCGCUGAGGAUGAAGGCACCUAUACCUGCGAAGCCUCCAACAACCUCGGAAAGGCUACAUCUACUGCUUGCUUGGUAGUCUAUCCACCCGGGGAACCGAAUACUAUAAGCCAGCAACUACAACGCCCACCAGCGCUGGCUUCGGCUGCGUCAACGCCACGGUCUACUCCGCGCGUUACCCCAGCGCGUUCCGUCUCUCGAACUCCAGCACGUUCAGCAGGCCCCGAUCGUCGCCUUCGCAGUCCAACCCGCGAGGUUGGUCCCAAGUUCUACACAUAUCCAUUCAACAAGGUGGUGGAGGAGGGAGAUAGCGUAGUUUUACAAUGUGCGGUUGGAGGAUUCCCUACACCGUGGGCUACGUGGGACAAGGAUGGCAUUGUUAUCACUCCCACGUCUCGAAUCAGCGUAAAAGAGAAAGACGAAAUGUUACGGAUUCUGCAAAUCGAUGAAGUAAACGUUGACGAUGUCGGUCUUUAUCGGAUCACGUUAGAGAACGAUUUUGGACGGGCUGAGGCAUCGGCAAGACUGGAAGUUAUCUCGAAUAAGGGAAAAUUUCAUUCGAGAUCUAGCAGUGUUUCUCCAGCCCGACUGUACAGACGAAGGACGCCGUCUUUUACAAGACAAGACUGACGCGGAUGGAGUAGAAAGCGAAGAAUGGCGUGAAAUGAGACGCAUUUGAGUUGUUUUACAGUAAAAUUAGAAUAUUAUACCUUGUUUUUUUAUCGUAUUGUUUUCUUAAAUCAAGUAUAUUUAAUUCCAACAUUAGUAAUUAUGAGUUGUUUUAUUAUUAUAUGUACCACGCCCCGGUGUUUGUGAAAUAAACGAUAUUGCAAAUU